AUGUGGGCGAAGCUGAUACAAUGGAAUAAGAUAACGCGGAGAGCGGUAAUACUGGUGAGCAUGUUGGCACAGUGCGGCUUCCUGGUCCUCUAUAUUGUACUAUACACUACUGGCAUUGCUAUCGCCACAAACUACAUACAAAUACUUAAAUGA